AAGACUGGUUCGAUUUAUUUAUAAUACAAUACAUACAAAACAAGCGGGGCGGGCGAUCUAACCACCAUUAGCCUGAAUGCUGACUCUAUCCUUGGGGAAACCAUCUUAGGCCACACAUCCCACAUCAAUCAAAAAGCACACAUUCGCGAUCAAGAAGUAGAGCGAGGCAGAUGCGAUCAGUUUGAAUGGGAGACGGUAGAAAAGAGGACGUUUUUGGUUGUUAUAGUUGCGAGAAAAACGCAUAGAGCAAAAUAUGAGGUUCAGAUCGAGUGUCCUGUAUAUGAGCGCAAGGCAUGCUUGCCCCUUCGAUCUAGCUUGAUCGUUCAGAUAGAGGGAUUUUUCUAUGCCCUUUUCUGUAUUUCUCCCCCCCAAAUCUGUUUGAAUCACAAUUCCGGGCCAAGCCCUCUCGAAACCGUUGUAAGACACAUCCGCUUAGUGUUUAAGCCUGCAAUACUUUAUGGUUGCGAUCAUUGCUGCCUGCCACCGUACCCGCGCUGACACUGUGGAGAUGUUGGUAUUUUUAUUUGAUUGUUUUUCUGCUAUUUUCUCGCUCAAAACGGGUGCUCUUGGUCUCGGGGGUAGGUAGGAGGGCGUCUCCUUUGCAUGCGCAAUAGGUAGCAUCAUUGUAAGUCACCAUUUACGGGGCAUCAAAACGUGGGAGGGGACUAAAGGACAUAAGAAGAGCAGCAGCACUGAAAGGUGAAGCAGUGCGCUAGGAAGAGUAUGUAGAAGUGCGAAGGUAGAGAGGGUGAAUUGUAUGAAAAUGAUACUAUGCUUAAGGUGCGCUGAACUAACUAUGAUUAUAAUGUGAACAAAGUGAAGUGAACAAAUAAAUUAAUAAAUCAAGAAACAACAAGUGGAAAACAACACACACACAAGCGCGCGUCGCCACAGCGAUCCUUCCCUAAUCACCAUCAUUCACAUGAUCAACAUCUAUCCUUCAAUCCAUCGGCUGUUUGGCACGUUUAAGUCCCCGUGGCCCUUAGCAUACCAGCAAGCUGCUUCGUCGCUUGGGACAGCAACGGGGACAUAUAUUUGUACAUAGCACAAAUAUUCAGCAAAGAGCGGUGUAACAUUGAGGAUGCUAUAUUCUGAUGCAUUCCGUGUAAAUAUAUUAGAUUCACAGGCGUUAAUCCAGGCUGUGUGUCUCUGCGUGUGUGUGCAUGUGUGGCACUGAAUCCAUCCGAUCCAUUCAUAUUCCCUCCCCCUUGAAGCUUCCAUUUGGUCCGCGCAAAACAAACAACAUUUCGCUUUUGGCUUUGGUGAUCGCGCUCGUGCUGCUUUACGUUGCUAAAGUGUCAAUUGUGGAAUCUGUUUAUUUGUGGGUUACGCAUUUCGCAAGAGCAAUCCUACAGACGAUCGAGACAGGAUGGUUGACUGUGUUCAAGUAUAGCGGUAGCAAUAGCGGCGCAGUGUUCUUUAUCUUCAUCAUAAAUUGCUUAUCGUGUUCGCAUGUGCUCAUGCGUGUUUAAUGCAGCAGUAGCAUCCAAGCAACCCGUUCCAUUCCCUGAGGCUGUAUUUUGUGUUGGAUGGCUUCAAAGCCUACUCUGCUGCGCUGUAUUAUGAAGGCCCUUAGCUCGUGUACGCUCGGCUCGCGGUUUAGCGUUCAGUUAAUUACCUGGCUCUGCUAGCUAUUGCCUGAUUAAUGUAAUAAAAAGAGGGAAGAAAAUGAAAACAAGCUCCAAGAGAGAGACAACCACAACAAAAAAAAAAGAAACAACAAAUCAGUUACAAAAUAACAAACAAGCAAGGUUAACAGUGGCUUAACGCAUCUUAAAGAUACCAAAACUGCGUAAAAUAGUACAGAAACAAAAGAGAUGCAUACCCACAUACAAGAGCUCACAUGUAAGAAGAGAACAGUGAAGAGAUCAACCAGAAACCGAACAAAAACAGAAGAGAUGCCAAUGCACCAUCGUACAGAUGGUUGGUGCAGGGAAUUAUAGAAAUAAAGCAAAACAUGGGAAGAGAACAGAAAAGCAAGCAUGUUCAUUAGUACACCCUUACAGGUUUAGCUUUCGGUUUCAUUUGUUGCGAUACGUCUCGCCUUCAACAAUUUUGGAAUGUUUGUGUGAACAUAGAGCCAUAAAACAGACAUUAAAAGAAACACUUUCAUUAUCUAUCAACAAAAGUGAAGGGGCUGAAAAAGUGGUUAACAUCGGGCUAGAACCAGAACAGUAACAAAGUGAAAAGAGUUGUUCAUUUUGUAUCAAAAUAAAGCUAU